AUGGAGGAAAAUGAUUGCAAACUGAAAUUCCUUGUGACCAGCCGACCUUACUUUGACAUAAAGCGAAGGUUCUUCGACCUGACAUGCCAUUUCCCGACUGUUCGGCUUGCAGGUGAAGAAGAAAGCGAAGCAAUCAGUCUCGAGAUUGAACGUGUCAUCGAGGUAGAAGUCGAACGGAUCGGGCAACGGCUGUGGUCUGAUGCACCGAACCAAAAGCAUUUGAAGGAGUAUUUGAAGGAGCAGCUCUUGAAAUUUACCAAUCAAACAUACCUAUGGGUGAAAUUAAUGUUCGAUUUCAUUUCCAGCAGCGCGGAGGUCUCUAACCAGCAAGAAAUCAAACAACUCAUCGACUCAAUACCCACAACGCUAGAAGAGGCCUACGAAGCAAUUCUGAAGAAGAGUCCGAAUAUCAACCGCGCACGGAAACUCCUUCAUAUCAUUGUCGCCGCCACCAGACCGUUGAGCGUGAAGGAGAUGAAUGUGGCGCUUAACAUCGAGGAAGGCCGUACAGCGUUGGAAGAAGAUGUUGAUGUCGAUUCAGAAGAAAAUUUGGAAGAAAAGAUGAGAAACAUCUAUGGGCUUCUCGCGAGGGAGAGGAACGUGUUGCUUGGCAUUGAGAAAGCGUUGGAAGAUGCUGACGUCGAAUCAGAAAAACAAUAUGCGGCCGACAAUUGGGCUGUUCAUUUUCGAAAAGCUGCACUCACGAACGAUAUCAAAACUGUUAAGUCAGCGCGGGAACUUUGUGAUCCACGAACCCGGCACUUCUGGACUUUGUUCCACAUAUAUUAUUUGCUUAAUUCCCUUGGCCUCAACGACGACCUGCCUUCAAAGGGCCUUUCCGAUCUCUUGAUAGGAUCACGUUUUAGACUCGAGUCCGUGGUACGGACGAUACUUGAAGAAAAAGUUGACCCGAACUCCAAGGAUGAAUAUGGCGAGUUCCCCCUCUCCUCGGCCGCGUCAGAAGGGCAUGAUAAAGUAGUCAAACUUCUACUUGCGAAUGGGGCAAACAUCGAAACGAGAAACCGGAAUGGACAUACGGCGUUGCACGUGGCAGCGAAGAAUGGACACGAAAUGGUCGUACAAUUGCUUCUUGAUGAAGGGGCCCAUACCAAUGCGACAGAUAAUGACGGACAGACGGCAUUGCACAUCGCGGCGGGCAGCGGCUACGAGGCAAUUGCGCGACUGCUUAUCGAAAAAGGAGCAAAGUCGUCGCUGUACCUGGCAGCGGAACAUAAUCAUGAGGCAGUGGUUCGACUCCUCCUGGAGUACAAGGCAGAUGCCAAUGCCCAGGACAUUUACGGACGGACCCCUCUGCAUGUCGCCUUGUGUAGAUGCAGCAGCGAGCCAGUAGUACGGAUGCUUCUCGAGAGGGGAGCUGACCCAAAUAUCAAGUAUAAAUAUGGGAAGACAGCGCUGAUUGUCCUGCUCGAUGACUUCGGCUGGAGCCGACGGAAUGGGAAGCAUGAAUUUAAAAAUAAUAUCGAAAUGCUAUUACUGCUUCUUUUGAGAUAUGGAGCAGAUGUCAACGCUCAAGAGCAUUCAGGUUCGACGGCACUGCAUUGGUCGAUAUGGCACGAGAGGGAGGUCUGUACGAGGCUGCUUCUUGACAAUGGAGCGGACAUUAUGGCGCAUGGGAAAAAUAGAAAGCCACUGUUAUGGGAAACAUUCGAUUAUGGGAACGAAACAAUGGCGAGACUGCUGCUUGACAAGGGAGCAGACCCUAAUACAAGGGCACGUAGAUUGACAACGAUGGGCUACGCCGCGAAGAGAGGCUACGAGAGGAUGGUAGAAUUGCUGCUGGAGCGGGAUGACAUUCCGGCGGAUCUCAAAGAUGAUUAUGGUCGAACGCCGCUGUCUUACGCCGCAGAGGGAGGCCACGAAGCAAUUGUGGAACUUCUGCUUAAAUGCGAUAAUAUUAUGGUGGAGUGA